AUGUUAAUAAUCUUAUUCAUUUAUAAAAAGUCUAAAUUAUCAAAUAAAUAUGGAAAAAUUAAAAUUUUUCGUAUUUCUUAUAUUAAUAAUUGUAUAUGCAAUACCGACAGUGACUGUCUAGAAAAGCUUAACAACUGGGGACGAUCCUCAUGUUCAUUAUACAUUUGGUGUGGAUUUAAGUACACAUGCCGACCGAAUCCAACAGCAGCUAUUUUUCACCCUUCUUACAAUAAUCUGAAUAUUAAAUAUCAAAAAAAGCCUUAUUAUUGUUCAGAAAAUUACAUUAUUAUUAUUCAUUUUAAAAUUACUAUUACCCGAAUUACCCUGCAAAUAAAAAUAAUCUUUCUACAAUUAAUCAACUUCUUCAAUGGUUGGUCCAGCUCCAGCUCCAGCUCCAGCUCCAGGUGGUGCUCCGGCACCAGGCAUACCACCAGGCAUACCAUCAGGCAUACCGCCAGCUCCUUGGUACAACUUGGUGACAAUUGGAUUGCAGACAGCUUCAAUCUCCUUUUGCUUCUGCUCAAAUUCUUCCUUCUCAGCCAACUGAUUUCCAUCAAGCCACUUGAUGAUCUCAUUGCAUUUGUCCAAGACAACCUUUUUAUCUUCAUCACUGAUCUUGCCUUUGAUUUUGUCGUCUUCAACGGUGCUCUUCAUAUUGAAGCAGUAAGCCUCGAGACCAUUUUUGGCAGCAAUAGUCUCCUUCUGUUUCUCAUCCUCAAAUUUGUACUUUUCAGCUUCAUUGACCAUCCGUUCAAUCUCCUCCUUGCUAAGUCUUCCCUUGUCAUUGGUGAUAGUAAUCUUAUUCUCCUUUCCGGACAUUUUAUCAGCAGCCGAAACAUUGAGAAUUCCAUUGGCGUCAAUGUCAAAGGUGACCUCAAUUUGCGGGACUCCUCUGGGUGCCGGAGGAAUACCAGACAGUUCAAACUUUCCAAGAAGAUUGUUGUCCUUGGUCAUGGCACGUUCUCCCUCGUAGACCUGAAUGAGCACACCGGGCUGAUUGUCCGCGUAGGUGGUGAAAGUCUGGGUCUGUUUGGUUGGAAUGGUAGUGUUACGCUUGAUCAAAGCAGUCAUCACGCCUCCAGCGGUCUCAAUUCCAAGCGACAGUGGCGCAACAUCCAACAGAAGAAGAUCCUGAACGGCUUCUGA